CUGUAGAGUGCAGACCCUUCUGCUAUUCUCUCUCUCUAGAUUCUGGGUUUUACAGAAAAACCCAGAAAAUAUAUCGGGAAAGAAGGAAUGGAGGACAGUGCAAGAACUGGACUGCAUGAUUUUGCAAGGGCUUCAAGAAAGGCAGAAGAAGCAGCUUGGAGGCGAUUCCAAGCUGUUGAAUGGCUUGAAUGCCUGGUGGGUCCACUCGGCAUACCGAAACAGCCAUCGGAGAGAGACUUCAUUUCUUGCUUGAGAAAUGGUCUGAUCCUAUGCAAUGCCAUCAACAAGAUUCAACCAGGAGCAGUGCCCAAGGUUGUGGAGAGCCAAAUGCCUUUGCAAUCAUUAAGUCGGGAAUCUCAAGCAUUGCCUGCAUAUCAAUACUUUGAGAAUGUCCGUAACUUUCUGGUCGCUGUGGAAGAGUUGAAGCUGCCUGCUUUUGAAGCUUCUGGCCUCGAAAGGGAUGCAUUGGAGGUAGGGUCAGCAAUCAAGGUUGUUGAUUGUGUUUUAGCCCUUAAAUCGUAUUAUGAGUGGAAGCAGACAGGCAAUGGGAAUGGAUUUAAUAAAUAUGUGAAAUCUCCACUAGUUAUGGUUUCUGCCAAUAGACCGCAUUCAAGGGCCUCAACUGUAGUCCCAUCAGAAUCUUGCAGGCACUUGGAUAUGUCUGCCGUAUGUGAAAGACAACCUCCUGUUGAAGUUGAUGACCGGAAAUUUGAAGUGGAUUCCAUAGAAUCUGUUGUCAAGUUACUCGCUGACUCUAUGGUUGACGUAAAGGAAAACAUUGAUGACAACCUUCUUUCUUCAUACCAUGGUAGAGACGCGAAUGCAGUCAGCUGUUUUCGAAGGAUCAUGACAAGUUAUUUGGAGCAAAAUCUACAGAAGAAGUUUCCUGAGUUGAACUCUAAGUUAAAAGACCCCUUGAAAGAAAGAAGCAGCUCACCUGGCCAUUCAACAGCUAUGCCUCUAGAGGAGUCAUCUGCUGUUGAAAAUUUUGGAUGCUGCAAAGCUUGUAUGAGAAAGGGUAACUGCAAUCACAGACUUGUAUUCCAAACGCAAGAGAAGGAACUUGUGGACCUCAAGGCCUUGUGGUUAAGUGCAAAACAUGACUUUGAAGACUUACAGACACAACUGAAUAGAGAUUUGAAACACUUGGGUGCUCAGGUACAGGAGCUGUCUACUGCCGCGCUUGGGUAUCACAAGGUGGUGAAGGAGAAUCAAAAGCUAUACAACAUGGUCCAGGAUUUGAAAGGUAAUAUUCGAGUUUACUGCCGUAUCAGGCCUUCUUUCAAUUCUGAAUCCAGAAAUGUUAUAAAUUUCAUUGGAGAGGAUGGUUCACUUGUGAUCUUGGACCCUGCAAAGCCCCAAAAGGAUGGAAGGAAAGCUUUCCAGUUCAACCGAGUGUUUGGUCCAACUGCUAGCCAAGAUGAAGUUUUUAAGGACACUCAACCAUUGAUCAGGUCUGUGAUGGAUGGUUACAAUGUAUGCAUUUUUGCUUAUGGUCAAACCGGAUCCGGUAAAACACAUACUAUGGGUGGUCCAUCAGGUGGAUCAGCUGCGGAUAUGGGGAUUAAUUAUCUAGCUCUCAGCGAUUUGUUCCAGAUGUCAAACAAAAGGAAGGAUAUCAUAGAUUAUGACAUUCAUGUUCAAAUGGUCGAAAUUUACAAUGAACAAGUACGAGACCUUCUUGCAGAAGAUUCAUCCACUGCCAAAUUAGAGAUACGGAGCUGCACUGGUGAUAAUGGCUUGAGUAUUCCAGAUGCUACAAUGCAUUCAGUGAAGUCUUCUACUGAUGUCCUAAACCUCAUGAAAGUUGGUGAGAUGAAUCGUAUGGUCAGUUCGACUGCAAUCAAUAACCGCAGCAGCCGUUCCCAUAGUGUCCUUACAGUCCAUGUGAAUGGCAAAGAUACUUCUGGAGGUACUCUACGCAGUUGCCUUCAUUUAGUUGACCUUGCGGGAAGUGAAAGAGUGGACAAAUCUGAAGUUACAGGAGAUAGGCUGAAAGAGGCACAGUAUAUCAACAAGUCUCUUUCUUGUUUAGGAGAUGUUAUCGCAGCCUUGGCUCAGAAGAAUUCUCACAUCCCUUACAGAAACAGCAAACUCACACUUCUGUUGCAAGACUCCUUAGGUGGACAUGCUAAAACUUUAAUGCUUGCUCAUGUGAGUCCAGAAGAGGAUUCCUUCAGUGAAACUAUCAGUACCUUGAAGUUUGCUCAGAGAGUUUCCACUGUGGAACUCGGUGCUGCUCGUUCAAACAAGGAGAGUGGUGAGGUUAUGCAACUCAAAGAACAGAUUGAGAGACUUAAAAAGGCAUUAGCAAACAAAGAAGGUCAGUGUGUAUCAAGAACAACAACUGAGAGAACUCCUCAACGUCUUAGAAGAUUAAGCAUUGAAAGUUGCAGCACUGUGAAGACCGAGAAGGCAAAAACCCCUUAUCUUCCAACUCGUUCAAGGAGGUUGAGCUUGGAAGGUCCAAGAUUGAUUAAGAAGGAUAAUCUAAAUAUAUCGCAUGACAUGGGGAAAUUCCUUCCAGCUGAGGCAGUGCCAAUGCAGGAAUGUGGUCAACUUCAAAAUGCAGCAGCAGUCACUACCCCGUUGGGCCAUUUCAGUAAUGCGGAUUCCACAUUAGAAGUGUUUUGUUCCAAGGCUCCUCAAAGUCCAACGAGCGUUACCUCCGAGAAGCAAGUGUUAGAAACUGAUAUUAGAACACAAGUUCAUUCUCUUCAGCCACCAAAAACACCCGAACCUCGUCCCAGGACUCCUCUAACUCCAGCAAGUACUACAUAUCAGAAGCGAGUGUUGAAACCAGGUAGUAGAAACCAAGUUCCUUCUCCUCAGAAACCAACAACAUCUGAGCCUCAGACCAAGGCUCCUCGCAGCCCGAAGAUGGCUCCUCGUAGCCCAAAGAUGGCUAGCAAUCAGAAGAGAGGGUUAAUAACAGAUAAUAAGACACAAGUUCGUCCCCUUCAGCUAUCAACAACGACGCCCGAACCACAAAAGCAUUCCAGAAAUGAGGUACAGAUUGUCAUGCAAAGUAAGGUGACUCUUUCUACAGAUUACCUGACACCUAAUUUGACAAGUUCCACAAGUCGAAAAGGAUCUCAGAUAAGGAAAUCCCUGCGGACUAUUGGAAAACUGAUCAAUGGCUCUGAGAAGAGGAACCAGCAAAGUUUGGUGGAAGCACAGUCAAGUGUUAAAUGUGCAAGCAAUAUCAAUGAUGGAAAAUCACCGGUUACAAAUAAUGCAAGAACUUUGAGGCGGCAAUCACUGACCGGCAUUCCACCAUCAGGGUAUGACAGACGAUCAUCUCUGGGAGAGAAGCCAACCGAAACUAGUGCAAAAGACAACAGAAGUGCCAAAACACCUCCGCCAGACAACAGAAGUUCCAAAACACCUCCGCCAGUCCGUUCAUCAACAAAAAGUAACAAGCGGUGACAACAGAUAAUUUGAUUCAGACACAGUCCAGCAAUUGCCGGAAAAAGGCUUGGUAACGCUUUGGCUCAAAGCAUACUGACUUGUAUGGCAAUCAGAGAAUGCUUCAUAUAUUGUCUGCUAACAUGAUCUACUUGACUUGAGAUCCCAAUUUUGUGUCCUAUGUGUUUCAUAUAUUGUCAAGUGAUGAUCCUCCUUGUAAUUGUAGUACCUAGUUUGGAUCCACAUUGUGAAGUUCUGGUAUUAAAAGUGAUUCGGUUCCA